UAAAUAAUGUAUUAUAGUGCAAGUGCAAAGUGCAAGCCGGGACGUUGUAAAAGUAAAAUGAAUUGGUGUAUGGAAAUAGAGAUAGAACAAUACAAUACAUAAGAUGAAGCAGCCGUUGAAACCCAGUUUGGUAAUAUCACUCUCUUCUUCUUCUUCCUCUCUUUCCCGCCUUCACAAUCCCAAUGCCCACUACGUUGAAAAGCUCCGAAGUUGCAAGGAUUUAACCUCUGCAACCUCGACCCACUCCAACGUUGUCAAAUCCGGUUUGUCGAAUGACAUCUUUACGACCAACCAUCUUAUUAACUGCUAUGUUAGACUCCUCAGAACCGACCAUGCACAGAAACUGUUCGACGAAAUGCCCCGCCGUAAUGUCGUGUCUUGGACUUCACUUAUGGCCGGUUAUGUCAGCCAGGGUCAACCCAAUAUGGCACUUUGUCUCUUCCCUCACAUGCAAGGAACCUUGGUUCUGCCGAACGAAUUCACGUUUGCCACCCUCAUCAAUGCAUGUUCUGUCCUUGCAAACCUUGAGAUUGGUAGAAGGAUUCAUGCUCUCGUUGAGGUUUCGGGUUUCAGGUCCAAUCUUGUUGUGUGUUCUUCCUUCAUUGAUAUGUAUGGGAAAUGCAACCGUGUUCAUGAGGCUCGGGUGAUUUUCGACUCCAUGUGUGUGAGGAAUGUUGUUUCUUGGACUUCCAUGAUCACCACGUAUUCUCAGAAUGCACAAGGGCACCGUGCUCUGCAACUCUUGAGGGAAUUCAAUCAUUUGAGGUUGGAAAGACCAAAUCAUUUCAUGUUGAGCAGUACGAUUAGUGCUUGCGCGAGUUUGGGCAGCCUAGGUUCGGGGAAGAUCACUCAUGGGGUGGUCAUUCGUCGUGGGCAUGAUGCAAGUGAUGUGAUUGCUAGUGCACUUGUGGACAUGUAUGCUAAAUGUGGCUGUGUUGAUUAUUCUGACAAAGUCUUUAGGAGAAUCCUGCAUCCUUCAGUGAUUCCCUAUACUUCAAUGAUUGUGGGGGCUGCAAAGUAUGGACUUGGUGCUUUUUCUCUACAACUAUUUGAAGAAAUGAUUGAUAGAAGAAUAAAACCCAAUGAUAUCACAUUUGUUGGGGUCUUACAUGCUUGCAGCCAUUCAGGGCUUAUAGAUAAAGGACUUGAGCUACUUAACUCCAUGAUUGAGAAACAUGGGGUGAGGCCUGAUGCAAAGCAUUAUACAUGCAUUGCAGAUAUGCUUGGUCGAGUGGGGCGUGUCGAUGAAGCAUAUAAGUUAGCAAAAUCAGUUCAAGUUGAAGGCGAGGGACAUUCCUUGUUGUGGGGGACACUUCUGUCAGCUAGCAGGCUUCAUGGAAGAGUAGACAUUGCCCUUGAAGCUAGCAACCGGCUCAUAGGAUCCAACCAACAAGUAGCAGGUGCAUAUGUCACACUGUCCAACACAUAUGCAUUGGCAGGGGACUGGGAAAAUGCUCAUAAUCUAAGAUCUGAAAUGAAGCGUGCUGGAGUUUGGAAAGAACCUGGCUGCAGUUGGAUUGAGAUAAAGGAAUCAACUUUCUUGUUCCAUGCUGGAGACACCUCUAAAUGUACUCAAGGGAGGGAGAUACUGUGCUUGUUGAGGGAAUUAGAAGAGAAAAUGAAGGGAAGAGGAUAUGUGGGAAGAACUACAGGGUUGGUGUUUGUUGAUGUGGAAGAGGAAGCUAAAGAAGAAAUUUUGAGUUUACACAGUGAGAAACUUGCCUUGGCAUUCGGAUUAAUAAACACGCCUAAAGGAGUAACAAUCAGAAUAAUGAAGAACUUGAGAAUGUGCAUGGACUGUCAUGAAUUCUUCAAGCUGAUAAGUGAUAUUGUAGAAAGAGAGUUCAUUGUGAGAGAUGUGAACAGAUUCCAUCAUUUCAAAAAUGGAUUAUGCACUUGUGGAGAUUUCUGGUAAUGAUCCAUUACAGACACUAUUUCAUCAGAAAAA